CGUAUGCGUGCGCACGCGUGAAGAGAACGCAGCACUUGAGCACCCUUAGACACUAAGAGGCCUCUCUCACAAGUGGACCUGCGGAUGGGAACAUGUCUGAUCCGGUCAAACCUCGGACGUCUUUCCUCAUCGAGGACAUUCUCUCCCUGAAAGACAACGCGGCCUUUGUGGGGAAAUGCUGCACCCAGUCAAGGGAAGAAUGGCAAGAAGACGCCAAAACGUUGUCAGAGUCCACAUUGGUGGACCACACGGCAUCUCUGGACAUAUCCUGUCCCGGCACGUCCGAGCCGGAUGGCUUCGCGUCCACGGAAAAACCCAAACGCUCUCGAGCGGCGUUCACGCACCUCCAAGUGCUGGAGCUGGAGAAGAAGUUCAACCAUCAGAAGUACCUGUCGGCCCCCGAGAGAGCCCACCUGGCGGGCAUGUUAAGACUGACCGAGACCCAGGUGAAGAUCUGGUUUCAGAACCGCAGGUACAAAACCAAAAGGAAGCAGCAGGCGUCGGAGUUCCCCAAGGACACGUACAAUGCGGACAAACUGGACCCAAUCGUGUUUUUCAGCUCUUUCUGUCGGGCGUACCAGUAUCGACCGUACUUGUGGGACUACGGCGGGGCCUGGAGGCCGGCGUUGUGGUGAAAAACUGGAACCAAAUAAAAUGCUUAUUGACUCUCCCUAUGUGGCUUUUGAGUGCUGUUACCACAAUAGUCUGUAUUGGUUCCUAUUUUGAAGAAAAAACUGUUUGCAUAAUGAUCUAUGGCCAAUCCUAAAAAAAAAAAAAAAAAAAAAAAAAAAUCAAAAUACUCUCAAUGGUCUCAACAGUUAUUAACGGGAAUAUUUCCGAGUUGCUUUCAUGAUGGAAAAAAUUCAUAGCUUUGGAAAUUUUAAUGAAAUGCUCCCCCCCACACCGCCAUUCUAACGGCUCCGUGAGCACCAGGUAGCCACCCCCCAGGACCAAAUGAGUAGCCCACGGGCCUGUUUUAAAAAUAGCUCUCUAAUUAUCGGGCAUUCUGAUUUCCGAGGAAUGUUGUCAAAGUGAAAAUUUGAAUGUUAUUUCCGUUUGAAAAUGUCAACGCUGUCAGUGAUUUGGAACAAUAAACUGUUACAAUUUG